UUCGCCACUUUCCGCGGCACGUGGGAAAUGUGUUGAUGAAGAUGGCAAGUCUGCCGAGGCACCACGGCGUCAUUACGCAUGAUGUUUAUGUUACAAAUCUUUCAGUAGAUGCAAAUGAGGAUAAUAUUGGAAGGAUAUUUCAGAGAUAUGGGAUAUAUCACUCCAUAUCACUAGAAAAAAAUUACAAGCGUCCUAAUUCAUUGGUGGCUACAAUCUCUUUCUAUGAACAAAGGGAAGCUUUGUGUGCAUGCUCAGAGAUGAAUGGGAAGUUAGUUGAGGGAAGAAAAAUAUUUGUGAACAUGAGAAGACAAGAUAGAUCCAGUGACUACGUUGACCACAGUAUGGGGGAUGGCAGGGACUCAGUCAUGAAUAAUAAUGUUGUUGGGGAGGGUAUCUUGCUGGUGACCCACUGUGAUGGACCGUGUACAUUUUGGGCUCAGUUGAUGUCCCAGGAAAAGACGGAAGAACUUUUGAGAAUCACAGAGGCUCUGCUACACAUGAAUAUCAACACUUGCAAAUCAGUACAGGGACCUCCUCAUUUUGAUAGGGUGUAUGCCGCAGUAUUUUCUGAGGACGAUAUGCUAUAUAGAUGUAAGGUGUUAAGCCACCAUUCAAUGGAAAAGAGUCUUGUCCAGUACAUAGACUACGGCAACAGGGAGGUGGUCAGUAAUUCCAGUAUUGUGGAGUUGUCCCCCCAAUGGUCCAUGUUACCAUCCCAUGCUGCCAAGUAUUGUCUCUAUGGACUGACUUCUGCCUGCAAAGACUCUGAUAGGGAGAGAUAUGCCAAGGGCACCAGCUAUUUGAAAAGUCAAACUGAUGGUCAAUACCUCCAAUGCCAAAUGUACCCACAACAGGAUGGGAUCACUCCAGUGAAAGUGAACAUCAAUGGAGUUGAUCUCAAUGCCGAAGUGCUAUGCCAGGGGUUUGUCAUUGAGACAGUGCCCGCUAAGACUGCUCCGUCUGCUCUACCUGCUCCGCCUCCUCCACGUGGUAAUGGUGCCAAAGGAGGACCUCCAUAUGGUGAUGGUGGUAGUGGGGGACCUCCACGUGGCGAUGGUGCUAAAGGAGGACCUCCAUAUGGUGAUGGUGCUCGAGGUAUACCCUCAUAUGGUGAUGGUGGUAGAGGAGGACCUCCAUAUGGUGAUGGUGCUAGAGGAGGACUUCCGUAUGGUGAUGGUGCUCGAGGUGGACCUCCACAAGGUGACGGUAGAAUAGGACCUCUACGUGUUGAUAGUGGUAGAGGAGGACCUCCGCAUGGUGCUAGAGGAGAACCUUCACAUGGUGAUGGUGCUAGAGGAGGACCCAUGGUAUUGUCACACACUGAGCAGCAACAACAGCAUAUUUUCCCCUCUCAUCCUUCCCAAGCACUAAGUUGCCCUUCUGACAAAGAUUCCACAGAUUCUGUUGUUCCAGUUGAACGGGAUCCACGAUUUGACGCCAGUUCUUCUGUGAAGAUAAAAGAAUUGGAAAGCACUCUCACAGCUGUUACAGCAGAACGAGAUGCUGCAUUGUUAGAGCUGUCUAGAGUCAAGGGAAAAGGAAAGGUCUUGCAGUUGGAAGUGGACUCGCUGACAGUAAAACUGGCAGAAACCAACAUCAGCCACAAGAUGAAGAAUCUUGUGGAAGGUAUUAAGAGGGUAAAACUAUUCAGGUCCCAGUUCCCCACAGAUGACCAUACGGAUGACCUUAUUGAAAUGGCCAUUGGUCUCAUUACUGACCACAAGAACAAGAUCACAGUGACUGAUUCCACCAUGAUCACUAUGGUCAAGGAAGUGGAGGCCCAAUAUAGAGCUUGCCAGGCAGUUAUCAAAGACUGCAAACACAAGGAGGAAUUGCCAGGUUUAGUAAGCCAGAGAGAUGAAUCUCGUGUGGAACUUCACAGGAAACUGACAGCAUUCCUUGAAAACACAUCAAAGCUGCCAUUGCAAGAGAGGGAGGAAGAGUUGAUGAACAUUUUGUCAAAGCUGCAGGCCACAUAUGGAGAUUUUUUGAGAGAGAAGUUAAGCAAAUUGCCAGGGUUUACCAGAGCUGUGGAGGUGUACAGGGAUUGGAGGGCCAAGAAGAAAGCCACAGUGUCUGACAUGCGCACAGCCACCAAUACUUGCCACAACUCUGUGAGCAGUGCUUUUCAGAUGCUGCAACAGCAACUCGAGUUGGACAGUUCUUCGUCCAGUGAAUGUCCCUCUGGAUUAGUCAACCUUGACACCCUGCUGUCCAGACUAGAACACAGGAUUGCCGAAGAAAUCAAAGUCUCAGAUUGGGAGCAUUCCCCAGAUGCCACAGUGGUGAGCACGAUACUCCAGACUCUACUAGCUGCAGUGGAGGAGGAAAAGAAAGACAUUGCCAAGUUGCGUGAGAUGAAGUCGUACUACUCUAAGCUUCUGUAUGACAUAGAGCCUUGGCUCCUCAAUAAACCAAGUGUGGAGGAGUUGACGAGAGUGAGAAAGAUGAUAAAAGCCCUAAAGUCCAGACUUCGUCACAAGAUUGCAGAUCUUCAUGAUCUUGAGGAUAGUGACGAGAGCCAGGGAGAUGAGUUACCUACACUGCACAAACAGCUGGCAGAACUGAGACAACAACUACAUCAGGCAUCAACAGAAGAGCAAGAAGAACUCGCAAUACUAGCGGACUUGAGCAAGAACAGUUUUCCAGAAUUGAACUUGGAAUACCCAGAAUUUGGUAUUAAAAAUUAUGUGGAUUAUGAUGGUUUAGUUCUCCUUGGCUGUGACACAACACACUUUGACAUGGUUGCAGUGAAGGAUAGUGCCACUGUAUUUAAAACAACAUUCAGUGGUAGAGAUGCUGUACUGAGAGAGUAUAUAGUAGGUAGUCAUGGAGGGGGAAGCCAAAAAGAGUUCCUGAAGAAAGCAAAGGACUACAAAGCCUUGGGUAGUGGCAGACUGGUGCCUUUGGAAGCCAUCUUCUUUCAGAAGAAUGGGUGCCAGUGCUUUGCCAGAACUCCUUACUAUAAAUUGAAUGCUGGAGGUUUGUCUGCUAAAGGAGAGGCCUCUACAGAGGCUUUCUACAAGCUCCUGUAUGGUACUCUGGAAGGACUGUGUGUAUUACAUGGUGCUGGACUGGUGCAUGGUGCCCUCCAUCCAGAGAAUGUCUUCAUUGGGGAAGAUGGCUAUGGUGUCCUAGACUUCAACUGGAGCCUGACACCAGAGCAGCGUGCUGGAACUGUGAAGACAUUCUCCAAUGGGUUGAAGUUUUGCCCCCCAGAGAUGAAGCCUGGUGACCCACCCACCAUGCAGGGGGAUCUCUACUGCUUUGGACUGCUGAUACUUUGGCUUCAUUUUCCAGAGGUAAACAUGAGUGCAGUAGACAGUGAUGGAGUUCAGUAUAUACCUGCAUAUGGUGUGACCCCCACCUUGAAGUUGGUACUGGAGGCAGUGCUGCAGAGAAAUCCUGCACAGAGAGCUACAGCAGAGAGACUGCUUCAAAGUGACUUUUUCACAGAAACGCCCCUAGUAAACUCUGAGGAAUUUGAACCAGAGACAUUGCAGCUUAGGCCCAGGGGGUUGUCCCCAUCCCCCACCAGUCAGGGAAAGGGAAUACUGAAGAAUGGGACAGCCAAGCUUCAGAGACCAGAGGUUGUAGAAACUAAGAUGUGGAAGUCUGACAUAGAUGUCACUGCGAUUCCCCUGCCUAUAGAGAGUGACAGCCAGGAAUCCUUUACAGAACAAAUGGAUACUGAGCAGAUAUCAUUCAAGUCUGUGGAUAUCAAAACAGAAGAAAACCGAGCAGCAGAUGGCAGUAAUGUUACACCCACAGGCGAUUUAGACAUUUUUCCAACCAAAAUAGCACACAGAAACUAAAAAGAUGGUGAAGAAAUAUCA